AUGGAGGAGGUCGUUCGACUGUUGCCCAGCACCACCCAAGGAGUGUCGAAUGGGAAAACUGCCCAGUCGGGCGAGGGACGAGCAGCCCGGGUGGCCUGUGAUGGGCGAACAGCCCCGGUGGUCUACAAUGGGCGAGCAACUCCCGUAGUCCGCAAUGGGCGAGCAACCCUUGGGCUUUGGAAUAGGCGAUUAGCCCCUGAGCUUUGUGAUGGGCGAGCAGCCCAUAAGGUUCGUGAUGGCCUGCUGAGGCGCCUAUGGCUCUCGUUGGGAUGCCUGAGGCAGCGGACAACAUCCUUGAAGGCCUUAUACCGUUGGGUGCUACUGGAGGGGCACCCAUGA